AGCAGGUGUAUGACGUAAAACAGUCGGCAUAUGCAGUUAACCAUCCGUCCAUCAUCAGAAUAAUCCGAGUAACAUUUACACAUAUCCCAUACUUAAAAACAUAACCGCAGCAUAUUUAUCACGCAGCACAACUGUCCUUACCGGAGAUUCAACAUGACAUGAGAGCACAGGGCAGGUCAAAAGAUCCUAGAGACACCAGCCACCCAGGACAAGCUGGAAGAUCUGAUACACACACAGUUGGUGGGCUGCAGUUCUGGCUGUUGUGACCGGAAGUUAAAGGCCAGCACAAAAGUACUUGAAUCUGAGUACAGCCAUAAAGAUCCCGCUCUGGAUCUCAUCAGCCCCACCUCCAUUUUCCUUCCUCCAGCUUCUUCUAGUCACAACACACAGUCCCGUGGAACCUGACCCGCUCUAAUCUGACUCUUCUCUUUAGACACCAAAGAUUUUUCAAUCUCCUCGAUCAUGUCCAGUAGUUAUACUCCAGCCCCUGGGGGCCCCUUUUCAGCCCUCACACCUAGCAUGUGGCCCCAAGACAUCCUGGCCAAGUACUAUCAGAAAGACCCCAGUUUGGAAUCAGAACUGCAGUAUGAUGAAUUUGGGUUCAGGAUCGAUAGUGAAGAUGGGGUGGAGACACGGAAAUGGUUACAUAGUGAAGGAUCCCCUCAGAGAGAAGACCCUCAGCAAAGACUUCGCUGGCAAGCCCACCUGGAGUUCACCCACAAUCACACUGUAGGAGACCUGACCUGGGACAAGAUCUCACCUACCUUGCCUCGGUCAGACCGCCUUCGGUUGCUCGUGCUGGGGGGCAUACCGCACAGUAUGAGACCACAGCUGUGGAUGCGUUUGUCUGGGGCCCUUCAGAAAAAAAGAACAUCUGAAAUUUCCUACAGAGAAAUUGUUAAAAACAGCUCAAAUGAUGACACCACAGCAGCCAAACAGAUAGAGAAAGAUCUUUUGCGGACGAUGCCCACAAAUGCAUGUUUCAGCACUUUAUCAAGUGUGGGGGUGCCCAAGCUCAGGCGGGUCCUGAGAGGGCUAGCGUGGCUGUAUCCAGACAUUGGUUACUGUCAGGGCACAGGCAUGGUGGUGUCGUGUCUGCUGUUGUUCCUGGAGGAGGAAGAUGCUCUGUGGAUGAUGUGUGCUUUGAUAGAAGACCUUCUACCUCCGGCGUACUUCUCCUCCACUUUGUUGGGUGUGCAAACAGACCAGCGUGUGCUCAGACAGCUGAUAGUGCAGUACCUGCCCCGCUUAGACCAUCUGCUCCAGGAGCAUGACAUUGAGCUGUCUUUAAUCACGCUGCACUGGUUCCUCACUGCGUUUGCCAGUGUGGUGGACAUCCGUAUCUUGCUGCGAAUCUGGGAUCUGCACUUUUAUGAGGGCUCAAUAGUACUCUUUCAGGUUACACUAGGGAUGCUGAAGAUCAAGGAAGAAGAGCUUGUGUCCUCUGAGAACUCUGCAUCCAUUUUUAACACGCUGUCAGAUCUGCCCAGUCAGUUAGAAGAUGGGGCGGCAGUACUGGGAGAAGCAGUGCGUCUGGCAGGAUCUCUGUCUCAGGAAAACUUGGAUGCACACAGACAUAAACAUCUAGCCUAUAUUUUGGCAGAGCAAGCUCAGCUUAACUCCAACAAUUCCCACUCCCUCAAUACAAACCUUAACAAGGUGGUCCGCAGACAGAGUCUGCGCAGGAAGUCCACCCUGAGCUCACUGCUGUUUGGAGAAGAUGAGGUGGAGGCACUGAAGGCCAAAAACAUUAAACAGACGGAGCUGGUGGCGGCACUGAGAGAAGCUAUCGGACGCACUGCAGAACACUUUCACUGCCUGGACCCACGCAACAGCAGCAUGGAUUUGACACCUGACUACUCUAUGGAGAGUCAUCAAAGGGAUCACGAGAACUUCCUUGUCGUGUCUCGGAAUCGACGGAGACGAGCCAAAGCCUUAUUGGACUUUGAACGGCAUGACGACGAUGAGCUGGGCUUCCGUAAAAAUGACAUCAUCACAAUCGUCUCACAGAAAGAUGAGCACUGCUGGGUGGGAGAGCUGAACGGUCUAAGAGGUUGGUUUCCUGCUAAAUUUGUGGAAGUCCUAGAUGAAAGAAGUAAAGAGUACUCGCUGGCAGGAGAUGACACGGUUACCGAGGCCGUGAAUGAUUUGGCUCGAGGGACGUUGUGUCCUGCACUCAAGGCUAUCUUUCAGCAUGGCCUAAAGAAGCAAUCCAUACUGGGUGGCCCCUGUCAUCCAUGGCUUUUUAUUGAAGAGGCAGCCAGCAGAGAAGUGGAGAGGGACUUCAACUCCGUUUAUUCCAGAUUGGUUCUGUGCAAGACUUACAGGUUAGAUGAAGAUGGGAAGGUGCUGACACCUGAAGAGCUGCUUUACAGAGCAGUGCAGUCGGUCAACAUGAGCCACGAUGCUGCACACGUUCAGAUGGAUAUCAAGUUCCGCUCGCUCAUCUGUGUGGGGUUAAAUGAGCAGGUACUACACCUGUGGCUGGAGGUACUUUGUUCCAGUAUGAAUGCAGUGGAGAAGUGGUACCAUCCCUGGUCUUUUCUGCGCAGUCCUGGCUGGGUCCAGAUAAAGUGUGAACUCCGAGUUCUCUCAAAGUUUGCCUUCAGCCUCUCUCAAGAUUGUGAGCUGCCUACCAAAAAAGAGGAAAAGGAACAAAGACCCCUGAAAGAGGGAGUUCAGGACAUGCUGGUAAAACAUCACCUCUUCAGCUGGGAUAUAGACGGCUAAACCAUCAGCUCUCCCCUACAUCCUGAGAAUUACACAAGAAAGCCAAAUUCCACACUUCUUUUCAAAUCAUCUGCAGAAAUACAAGGACCAUGUGAAUGUUUAUAAUCAGUUCAUGUACAGCUUUUUAUCAUAUUGAAAUGGUGUUCGUGUCUUGGUACAUUAUAUACACAGAGGUGACUUGUCAUUCAGAGGGCUUCUGAUGUAACUGUAUAAACGUCGUCCCACAUCUCUGUUGCCAAGAGGUCCUCGAAAUGAAAUUGAGGUAGGGACCUGUGUGAUCUGCCUGCUAGCACUUGCUUCCUUUUUAGUAAGAUAGAUGUUGCACCAUUUGGGGCAUGACUGCAGUGAUCACAAAUGUUAGAUUUGCACACCUUGUUUGCUUUUGCUUUGUUAAAAGUUUUCAAAAUACUCAGCAGACCAUCUGUUGUUUCACUGUGACUAAAACACCCCCAUCUGUAAUCUUAAAUGAACACAAAAUUGCAUCAAAUAAUGGUGUAAUAAUGGAGGGAAUAGAGAAAACUCAUACUGUAAUCAGAUCUCUGUCUCUUGUGUGCUCAAGCAGAAUUGUCACUGAAGUGUGUAGUUUAAAAGCACCUGAUGGGGCUGUAAAGGAUGUCAAUUGUUUCAUUGUUGGCUGGUGUAACAAUGAAUCAGGUUUGUGUUACAUAUUUUGCCACUUCUAAUAAACUGUAUAAAGACAUACUAGGAUUUACAUCUUGUAUGUAAAUUAGUUGAAGGUGUUUAGGUAUAUAAUGGAAAUGAUGUAGAUUCCUGUACUACUCAUAGUUGAAUUGCAGACUUUGCUAUAGAGUCAGAAUGAUGUAGCAGGAUCAUUACCGUGCCACAAGUUCAAUUAAAUGAUCCUUUUCUUGUUCCUGUAAUAUGGUUGUUAUCACUACCAACAGGGCUUUGAUCAUAUUCACAUACAUUUAAUGUAUAUGUAAAUAAAUCUAUCUGUAAGAA